UUAGGAUGCUGUACAGAAAAUGGCAUCCACUAAGAAAAAUGUUGGACUAUCCAUCGAAAAUGCUGCUAAUGCUAUAAAUCAAGCAUCUGCGAUGAUUAUAACAGCCGGCGCUGGUAUGGGAGUUGAUUCAGGUCUUCCAGACUUCAGAGGUGACAGAGGAUUUUGGGAAGCCAGGAAUAAAUCUUCAAGAUAUGGCAAAUCCAAAUCCAAAGUGGUUUGAAAGUGAUCAUAAGUUUGCAUGGGGGUUCUAUGGUCACCGCUAUAAAUUAUAUAAGAACACGACUCCUCAUGAGGGAUUCGGAAUUUUGUUGAAAUGGGCGAAAUCGAUGGAGAAUGGUUACCAUGUAUACACAAGUAACGUUGAUGGACAUUUUCAAAAGGCAGGAUUCCCAAAGGACAGGGUAGAUGAAUGCCAUGGUAGCAUACAUUAUCUCCAAUGUGCUGAUGUUAAUAUAUCUGAUGCAAUAUGGCCCGUGCCCGAUAAUUUUGACAUCGAUGUCGAAGAGUCCACCCUUAGGGCCCCAAGUCCUCUCCCUCUUGGCCCUCCGAGCAAUCCUACCCACCUUGCAAGACCGAACAUCAAAAUGUUUCAUGAUGUGACUUGGAUUGACACACGUACAUCCGCCCAGGAAGUUAAAUUCAAAGCUUUUGAAGAAAAGCUCAUCGAUGGUGGUACUACAUUUAUCGUGAUUGAAAUAGGAAGUGGACUAGCUGUGCCCAGAGUCAGGGAAAGAGGAGAAGCUAUUAUUAAAAGGUCAGAGGGUAAGGGAACUCUCAUUCGUAUUAACCCUGCGGAAUCCACUGUCCCCCAUGGACAACAUAUAGGACUACCUCUUGGUGCCCUUGAAGCUAUUACAAGCAUUGACAAAAUUCUGAAAUCAACUUGAGAGCGAGGAAAAGCAAUAGUAGACAAAAUAGAUGUCGUUGUAUUUCUUGUACACAAUUAUCCUUCU